AUGGAAUAUACUUACAAUCAACAAUCUAAUCAACAAGCUUCAACCAAUCUAGAUCAAGACUUGAAAAAUUCAAGAAAUGAAAAAUUUACUAGAGGAGAAGUUGAAGCAAGAGAAUGGAUAUUUGAAGUAUUGACAAUCUUACCAUCAGUGGCACAAGAACAUAAACAACAUGGUUCGGACCUUAUAGAUAUCUUGAAAGAUGGCAAAAUCUUGUGUCAAUUGGGUAACUUACUCAAUCUUCCAGGUACCAAUCCUUGUUCUAAAUAUAAGAACUCCAAAAUGCCAUUUGUUCAAAUGGAGAAUAUAUCGUUCUUUUUGAAAGCAUGUGAAAUGAUUGGAGUACCUCAUGAUGAAAUCUUUCAAACUGUGGACUUAUUUGAAAGAAAAGAUCCGUAUCAGGUAAUAGUCACAUUGAUUUCAUUCUCUAGAAAAGCUCAUGUGAAUAAUCCAAAGAAUUUCCCGAAACCUGUAGGACCUAAAAUCGUCAAGAUUAAACCUCCAGUUCCAGUUAAACCUGUAAAUUUAAGAAAGUAA